AUGCUGAUAUUUCUGCUUUUAUUCGUUGCUGGAGUUCAGAUCAACGCCUCGCCAAUUGAGCAAAUUGAGGGUUUGCGAUCGAGCUAUGAACCGACAGAUGGCUCAAUCCGACUCGAGUGGAAAAGUCGAUCACAUAGAGCAGAUUUCCCCUAUUUGAUUCGCUAUCGUGUGGUUGGUGUUGGGGAAUGGACGUAUCAAAGAAGUCGUGGAAACUCUCAGAAACUUCAAAUUCCGAACCUUCGAAACAAUGAGCAAGUUGAGGUUCAGGUGCGAACCGACGAAAGAACCAACGAUCAUUGGAGUCAAUCUCUUCUCAUUACCUUUCAAAAAAAGCUGACACUUGACGGACCUCUAGCCGACGAUACCCUGAUCCCUCCAUUGGACUUCAAGGCAACCAUCAAAGAUUCUCGUUCCGUCAAGCUCCAAUGGCAUCCCGCCGAUCAAAAUCCUGAGAUCUUCUACUUGGUUCACGUCAAACAAGUGACUUCGAAAAAAGGCGUAUCACUGCACAGGCAACAGAUCAAAACAGCGGCCACGAGCUUCGAAUUGGGCGGGCUUGAGGCAGGCGCUCGUUACGAGUUAGCGGUGAGAAGUGCUCUCCCAGAAAGGAUCUCACAAACAGCAUCAGUCGUCGAAAUCAAAUUACCCUACGAUGAUGAGUUCUUUGAAAUCGGCAACUUGAUGAUCGCCUCGAAAUUCAUGAGUGACGGGAGGGGAACGGUGAAUCUCACAUGGACUGUCCCUCAUCAAAUGAAACACAGAAUAACAGCCUAUGAUGUGAAGUACACAGAAAAGAACGCGAAUCGGUGGAGAAAAGUGAAUUUCGGAGGAGAGAGACCAAAAGCCACACUUCACGAUUUGACUGGUGACACGGAAUACCAAUUGGAAAUCAAGACAACAUUGGACAAUGGACAUAACAGCGAGACAACCCAUUUCACUUUCCGAACUCCGAGGGUUGAAACAAAUCCAAUUGAAAAAGUCGAUGUGCUUUUCUCGCACGAUGUGAACACUGUGCAAGUACAAUGGAUCUUGAAAGAAGACAUGGAUCUUUCCCAGGUGAUCGGAUAUGAUGUGUAUUUGUCUGAUAAUAAGGACGCUCCCGCUCAUACUUGGCAAAGGAUGCACGUGGACAAUCCUGAAGGCUCAUUGGCGAUUCCAGGUCUCCGCUCUCUAUCAACCUACUUUGUGAGGAUCGAUGUUCGCACCAGAGAUGGCAAAACCGUGCGAUCGCCUCCCAUUUACAAAUUCACUACAAUCGGCACCGAAAACAGCGACGAUAAUACGGCAAAUAUGCUUUCCUAUAUGAAUGUGGCGCCCGGAGAAGUGAUCUUAUCGUGGACUUUCCCUGAAUAUCUCAGGCGUCUGGUGAAAGGUUCACUUUUACUCUACACUCAUCACAAAGAGGAUCCACAAGAAAAAUGGGCACGAGUCGACAUUGAAGGAGGAAAUGGGAAAUCCGUUCAUUUACAACAAUUGCAUAUGGGAAGAACGUAUCAAGUUAGAAUCAUUCCACGCUUACACGAUGAUCGAUAUGCACCACAAUUCGCGGAAACCCUAGAAAUGCAUGUUGAUGCUGUGACAAUGCGAACUGGCGGUAGUGGACCACGAGACCCACUUCAAAUGAGUGCCGCUUUGCCACCCCGCAGAAGAGCCCGAUAUUUC